CGCUUUGACCACAAGCUGCGAGAAAGAAGAUCCGAGCACACGCAAAGAGGACAGCAAGCCUUGCGCCCGUCUUGCCGUGCAGCUUCGCCUUGCAAACCACCCCCGGUUCAAAUGACAUCUGAGAAAUCCCCGCGAUAAACCCCCCCAUCCCGCAUCCCGCAUCCCGUCGCCAUGCCCCCGCGAAUAAACAUCCCGCCAGUCACACGAGCCCUGCUCGGCACUCUGCUGUUCCAGUCUGUCCUGAGCGCCGCGAUUAGAUAUCGCCAGUGGUCCGAGGAUACGGACAUCGUCAUCCCAUACUUGACGCUCAUCCCUCAGCUGUCCAUUACAUACCCCUGGACCUUUCUGACGGCGUCCCUGGUGGAGGGCAACAUCUUUACGUUUGGCAUAGGCGCUACGACUCUGUAUCAUGGCGGCAGGUAUCUGGAGAGGGCUUGGUCGUCGGCAGACCUGGCCAAGUUUAUUGUGGUUGUUUCCCUGAUCCCAAAUGUCCUGACGUUUUUUACCAUGGUCUUCUUCUAUACCCUGACCAGGAAUCCUGACUGGACACUUACGGUCAUCGGCGGUACCAUUCCCUUCCAGAUCGCUUUCCUAGUUGCCUUCAGCCAGCUCAUCCCCGCACAUACGGUAACGCUCUUCCGUGGAGUUGUCUCUCUCCGAGUCCCGAGAAUCCCAAUGAUCUACAUCGGCAUCGUCACCGUGCUCUCGUUCACACCAUUGCUGUCGCGAGCCGCUCUGUGGUUGGCCAACUUCAGCUUCAUCACCAGCUGGACAUACCUGCGGUUUUUCAAGGUUGUCUUUCCCGACCUUGAUACAGCUCAGCCAUCAUCGCUGCGUGGGGACGCCAGCGAAACGUUUGCCUUUGCCGAGUUCUUCCCAGGACCUAUCAAGCCCUUUGUGGCUGCCGUCGCAGAUCAGAUAUACGGUAUCCUUGUGAUGAUUCGGCUCUGCAAGCCUUCAGGACAGCGGGGCAUAGCCACACGUCAUGACAGCAUUUCGCAGAGGGGGGCGCCGGGAAGUGCUCGUGCCGAAGCGGAGAGGAGGAGAGCCAUCGCACUGAAGGCGCUGGAUCAGAGACUGAAUGCAGCCACCGCUGCUGCUCGAACACAGCCGGCCCCAGCUCCGCCACCAGCUGCUGCUCAGUCGAGCGGCCCACCUGUACAGGUUCAGCCCCAAACAAGUGCUCAGACAGCGAUGAAGUCUGAGCCAGGACCGAUGCUUGGCGAGACCAAGUUUGAACCAGAGGAAGAUGAUUCAUAGGAGAUUCUUGAGGAUGGGCCGCAGAUUCGUAUGAUGUAAUGAUACAAGUGAUAUUGGCGGCGCCUCGUAGUUGGGGCAAGGGAACCAGGGGCGGUAACGUCACGAAUCAAAUGAUAAUAAUGAUGCAAGCGGGUAGCGGAUUGGAUCGAUGGACAGUAAGUUGGCGCCUUGGUGUUGUCCUGGAUCAUGGGGUUAAUUGUCUAGCCAGCACGUCAAGAAUGAAUCAUGCCUUGUUUGCCGUGUCGACACAAUACAGUAUGCCCGUUUUAAAGUUGUACUUUUGAUGAGCACCACACUCUGUACUUGUCUUGGAAUAGACAUGAGACAUGGGCGUUUUGUGUUGGCAAGGCGCUUUGCACAGACGGCAGCAGACUCAAGCUUUGGGGGAGGAGGGAAGCAGAUAGAAGAGCAGCGAAUACUUGUUAAUCAAAUGGAAGCUGAGCGACGAUCAGUCGAGCUGAUUGGAUUAGAGCAGGGAGGUAGCCUUGUUCGUCUCACGAUGGCAUGGUACGUAGCACAAUAUACAUUGGCAGCUAAGCGGCUGCAUGUGAGAAAUAAGAGUCUCUCAUGACACCUGG